CCACAAGGCAUCUUCCCUUUUUCUAGAGCCAUGAAUUAUUUCAGCCUGACGCUUCUUGUGGCACUUGGUGCAAUGCUGUAUUUGUCUAUAGUUGAAUGUCAUGGUCACGGACACGGGCACGGGCAUGGGCACGGUCACCAUGGUCACGGACACGGACACGGGCAUGGACAUGGACAUCAUGGACACGGUCAUCAUGGUCACGGACACGGACACGGACACGGACAUGGGCACCACGGGCAUGGACACGGUCACCAUGGUCACGGACACGGACAUGGGCAUGGGCACCACGGGCAUGGACACGGUCACCAUGGUCACGGACAUGGGCAUGGGCACCACGGGCACGGACACGGUCACCAUGGUCACGGACACGGUCAUCAUGGUCACGGCCAUCAUGGACAUGGACACGGACAUGGUCACGGUCACGGGCACCAUGGUUGAGGCAAAACUGUCUGUCGUUCCUGUUUGUUUUGGUCUACAUGUUCCGGCUAAGAAGUUUGAUGUUCAAGAUUCAAGAAGUGAGAUGGUGUUCCUGAGAGUUCCCUUUCUUCGAAUGUUGACCGAAUUAUCUGGAGAACAAUGGCUAUAG